CGCUGUAUGUGAUUUUCUUUGUUAGGAUCAGUGAAGCUUAGAUAACGAAAAUAUACCCGGUGUGUCUUGGACUUACUUCGUAGUGUAGGAAUCAAGAUGCUACUUCCAUACAACACAAACAUUCGGGUUACCAUAAAUAAAUACAAAAACGGAAGUGUUGCGUAACAUAGCCUCACCUCCAUUUUGCCAUGGCAUUCGUUCCCAUGGUUACAGACAACAAUCAUUUCGACUGUUCCAUGGAACAUACAAGGACGUGCGUUCUAAUAUUGAAACAGCGACAUUAACAUAUUUUGCUCGUGUUAUUUUGCAUUGCAACACAGCAAAAAUUGAUUCAGUCAUAUUAAAAUAGCAGAAAGAAGAAUAAACUUUCAACCACCCAAUUCAUUUUGAAGUGUUUUCAACACCAACAAGCAAGGAUCAUGACACAGGGAUCAAGCUCUAAGUCUUCAAGGGGCAGCUUUUAUACCCGCCGGUAUCGUACCCAAGCCCCAACCUCACAGGUAGAUGAAACCCUGUUCGGGGGCCCAACAACGUUGUCAUCACAGUUGGACCAUCGUGUAAACUCUGCUUUCAAGGCCAAGAACUUGACUCAGCAGAAGCAAGAUGGGGAAAUUGUUCAAAUUGUAACCAAAGACCUCAUUCGUCAUCUCAGGGUCCCAUUGAAGGAUCCCUCAGGGGAGUUCAUUGUCCUACCAUCAGCUGAGUACGAGCGGAUUGUCUCUAUGUCCGAAGUUCUCACAAAAGAGGAGAGGGAGGGCCUGAUGGAGGCUUUCCAGAGGAAGAAAGAGGAGGAAAUUAGAGCAGCACAGGACAGGAAACAACAAAUCCAUGAGGCUUACCUGAAAAAGGAUAAGAAGGGACUGACUGAGCUGGAGCUACAGACUCAGGCCAGUGCAAAGUGCUUGGUAGAGCAGGCCAAUGCCUUAAGAACUGAACAAGAGGAGGAGAUCAAAAAGCUCAACACGCUGAUUCUGGGUGCUCAGUGUCAAGCCACACGUGAUGCCCAGAUCAAAGAGAGGAAACGGAUCCAGACAGAGUUGUCAGAGGAGGAGAAGCGCCUAGAUAACAUGAUGGAGGUAGAGCGCCAUAAGGCAUUGGAAACCAUGGAACAGAUUGAUGAGCUGCGCAAACACCAGAGAAUGAGUGGGAUGCAGGAAAUUUACAACCAAAUUCUUCAACGUCAUGAGGAAAGGCAAUUACUUGAGGAAAUGAAAGAGCAGGAAAAACAGCAUAUACAAGAAAACCUGAAGAAAAUUAACCUGGACGACCAAAAGGCCCUGGAGAAGAAGAGAGAGGGGCAACAGCAGCUGCAGGAGGAGAUCAGGUGCAUUAAUGCUGAGACCAUGAAGGCCAAGGAGCAAAGGAUAGAGGAGGAGAAACUGGCUGAUAUGAGAGAUAUGGAAUACAUUCGAAGCAAACUGGAGCGAGAGGCAGCAUAUGAAGCAGAUCAGAGACGCAUCAUGAAAGAAAAAGAGUUAGAGAUUUCCAGGAUGAGGGCCCAGCAACAAAGAGCAAAAGACUACAUGGCGGAGCAGGACGAGAUCCGCAUUCGAAGGAACCAAGAAGCUACUGACAGAGAAUGGAGGAGAAAAGAGAAAGAGCUGGCAGCAAAGAAAGCACAGGAAGAAGCAAUGCUAAAGGUGGCUCGCUUUGAGCAGGUUCAGUGCAAAGAGCACUUCCUGUCAGUUGAGGCUGCCCGGGAAAAAGCAGAGCUCGAGCAGAUGCUGGAGGUUCAACAAGAAAUCAUCAUAAAACAGAAGGAGGAGGAGGAAAAGCAGCGCCAGAAAGCGAAGCGUCAUGCAGAGGCUCUUAGACAUCAGGUAAAGGAACGAGAGUUCUCAGCCAUAGCUAAACGCAGAGAGAUCUUCAAGGAGGCUGGGUGCUUAAUUGAAGAAGCCAGGCAGAGACGUGAGCGCCUUGAUGAGAUAAAAGAGAAGAAACUGAGGGCACUCAAGGCUACAGGGCUCUCUGAGAAGUACUGCAGUGAAGUGGAAAGAAAAGCCCGGACCGACCGUCUUUGACUCAAUCACAACUAUAAACAUUAAACAUUUUAUUGGGUCUCAUCACAGGAGGUAGUUCUACUUAACCACUAAGUUCACAAAUAAUAAAGAUUUCUUUGAACUCCCAA